GUCGUUCAGCUUCGCCGAUCCUUACCGCCACAUUUACCACCAGCCGGUCGCGCGAUGGCUGCACCUCUGGUCUCCCGGAUGCAGCUCUGGGAGAUCGACGAUCAGUCGUGGUUCCCCCCCUUCCUGCGCGCCUACGUCCAGGCCGGCCUGACGCACACCUGGACGGUCCGCGUGCCGCUCCUGCAAGCCCGCAGCCCCGCCACCGCCGUCGCCGACACCCUGCGCCGCGUCCUCGGCGAGCGCAACGUCGGGCGCUACACCUACAUCGACUUCUGCUCGGGCGCCGGCGGGCCCACGCCCUCGAUCGAGCGCACCCUGAACCAGCAGCUGCUGGUGCUCUCGCAACCGCCGCCGCCGCCGCCCUCUUCGUCUUCGUCGCGAGACAAGGAGAGGAAGAAGCGGCGUAGGAACGGGGCCGCCAAGGACGGCAGCACUGGUGGCGAUGCCAACGGCAAUGGCAGCGCCAGCAGGGCCCCCGACGACGGCGCCGUCCAGUUUGUCCUGACCGACCUGCAUCCGAACGUCGAGUCGUGGGCCGCCGCCGCCGCCAAGAGCGAGCACCUGACGUACGUGCCGCAGCCCAUCGACGCCGCCGACGCGCCGCCGGACCUGCUGCGGCAGUGCGUUCGCAACGGUGGGAGACGGGCCGGCAGGGAGAAGAAGGGCGUGUUCCGCCUCUUCAACCUCGCCUUCCACCACUUCGACGACGACCUCGCCCGCGGCAUCCUCAAGAACACCGUCGAGACGAGCGACGGAUUCGGCAUCUUCGAGCUCCAGGACCGCUCGCUCGGCAGCGUGCUGUCGUGCCUCGUGUUCGGGCUGGGCAUCCUGCUGCUCGCGCCGCUGCUCUACUGGCGCCGCCCCGCCCGCCUCUUCUGGGUCUACGUCGUGCCCGUCGUGCCCUUCGUGCUCGUCUUCGACGCCUUCAUCUCCUCCCUCCGCACCCGCACCGCCCCCGAGGUCGAGGAGCUCCUCCGCGGCUGCGGCGCCGACCCUGCCCGCCUCGCCCGCUGGCGCGUCCGCUCCGGCCGCGAGCUCUUCCUCUGGCCCUGCGGCUACAUGUCCUGGAUCAUCUGCACCAAGGAGAAGGACCUGGCAAGAGGUUAGCGAGGCCGUCAAAGUGGAGAGGGGUAAGGCCGAGAGAGCGAAGAUGAAAAAGAUGAAAGAAACCAUAACGGGUCAGAAAAAGUUGGGUAAGCAAAAAGAAGGAAUAGUCACGCAGGGCAGAUGAUGCCUUGAAUUUAUCCACCCCCUUCUUGGGUUCAGGGUUAUUAUAUAUGCAGGCUAUACUAUGUACGGGACAGCAACUACCUCCAAUCUCUCUCGGUCCCUCUCAGCGAUAUCCAUCAUACCCCUCAUCCCAAGUCGAAAACCUGACUUGCAUGAGCAAGAUAAAAAAUGACGCACACGUGAAGAUAGCAAGGGUGACGCUUUCAAACCCGCUGGAUGGAACAAAUAAACCAGAUAAGCCGCCCCGUGAACGCCGCCGACCAG